GAUCCAAGUAUGUCAGCGUCUCUCGCACUGCCGCACAGCUUGUUCUUUGGUCCAUAUGCACAGAUACACUCGAGUGACACAGGCACACAGCAUGCAGCUAGCUGCUCACACGGCUCCCGAGCCAACCAGCUAGCUUGCUCACCAGCUACUACUACCCAUUCACGCACGCACAGGCGACGUCCAGACGGGAGUUCUCUGAGAGCUUGCGCACGAGACCGGCCACCAACCAUGAAGUCGUCGUCUCAGAGUCAGAGCCCGAGGACGGCGUCGCCCGGCGUCGCCACGGCCGGGGGUGGCGCCGAGCACGCGCGCGCGGCUUCGGAGCCGUGGCUGGUCGCCGCGGCGGCGGCCAGCAGCAGUGACGACUCGUGCGUCAACGACGUGGACAACUUCGCGCGCACCGUCGCCGCACUCAAGUCCAAGUCGGCGGCCUGCGCGCGCCCCGACCUGCUCGCGUCCGUGCUGUCCCACUACGCCGCCAAGUGGCUCCCGGACGUGGUGCCGCCCUCCUCGUCCGCGUCCGGCCGCUUCCUGCCCCCGGAGAGCCCCACCGCCAUGUGGCUCAAGAAGCGGCUCCUGCUGGAGUCCCUCGUCGCCGCGCUCCCGCCCGAUCCGCCAGCGCCCGGCUGCGGCGGCGCCGUCGCCGACGACGGCAUCACGUGUGACUUCUUGCUCAAGCUGCUCCGCGCGGGGAGCACGGUGGGCGCCGACGCGGCGCUGCUGCAGGACCUGGAGGUCCGCGCGGCCCGGCGGCUAGACCAGGCCACGCUGGGCGCGGUGAUGAUACCGGCGUUCGGGCACGGCGAGAACCCAGGCGGCUCGGCGCUGCUGCUGGACGUGCCGCUCGUGCUGCGGCUCGUGCGCGGGUUCCUCAAGGAGGGCGCCGCCGCCAUCAAGGCCAGCACCGUCGGCGGCGGCGGCGCGGCGGCCGCCAGGGUGGCGAGGCUGGUGGACGCGUACCUCGCCGAGGCGGCGCUGGAGGCCGGGCUGAACCCCGCCGAGUUCGAGGAGCUCGCGCGCGCCGUCCCAGCCCAUGCCCGCCCCGCGGACGAUGCGCUCUACCGCGCCGUCGACACCUAUCUCAAGGCGCAUCCAAACACGGGCAAGGAGGAGAGGAAGUCGCUGUGCAGGCUGAUCGACGCGCGCAAGCUCACGGCGGAGGCCGCGGCGCACGCCGUCCAGAACGAUCGUAUGUCGAUGCGCUCCGUGAUGCAGGUGCUCUUUUCAGAGCACGGCAAGCUCAGCCGCCUCGCCGAGCUGAGCGCCUCCUUCACCGGCCAGCGGAGCCCCAACCCGGCGCUGGAGCUCCCCGGCCGGUGCCCCUCCAAGCGCGAGGUCCUCGCGCAGCACCAGGAGGUACGCCGCCUCCGCGAGGACGUUGCCAGGCUCCAGAUGCAGUGCAACGCGCUGCAGGCUCAGGUGGACAGGCUGAGCUCUGAGAGGCGGCGGCGCGGCGGCGGUGGAUUCUUCAAGUGGAGUACGUUCUGGUUCAGCGGCGGCAUGGGCGCCGACGUCGCGAGGGUGGAUGACUCGGAGAGCGGCAUGGAGCGGCGGACGCCGACGAAAGGGAAGAAGGGCAGCACCGCGACGGCGACGCCGAACGCCAAGUGGCGCAAGUCAACGUCUUAAGGGAGGGCUGGAACUGGAACCAUGCUGAUGGAAUGAUGAACACUGGGUUGUUAAUUUUGUUUUUUACUUUUCGUUUGGUUACAGCCAUUUCUUUGAGUUUGAAUUGUCUCUUGUGUUAUAGUGAUUUCGAGUGUC